GUAAAAACGUCUGCAAAUCAGUCAGCCAUGGCUGUGAGCAUAUUUGUGUUAGCACUGACAAUUCCUACGUCUGCAAGUGUCAUGAGGGAUUCGUAUUGAGAGAAGAUGGCAAGACUUGCAGAAGACGGGACAUCUGCAGAUCUGUCAGCCAUGGCUGUGAGCAUAUUUGUGUUAACGAAAAUGACUGGUAUGUUUGCAAGUGUCAUGAGGGGUUUCUGCUGAGAGAAGAUGGGAAAACAUGCAGAAAUAAAGACAUUUGCAGUUCAGUUGACCAUGGCUGUGAACAUGUUUGUGUUAAUGCUGAUGAGUCAUACAUCUGCCAGUGUUAUGAGGGAUUUGCACUAAGGGAAGAUGGAAAAACAUGUAGAAAUAAAGAUGUUUGCAAUUCUGUUGACCAUGGCUGUGAGCACGUUUGCGUGAAUACUGAUAGUUCAUACAUUUGCCAGUGCUAUGAGGGUUUUGUAUUGAGGGAAGAUAAGAAAACAUGUAAAAAUAAGGACAUCUGCAAAUCAGUCCGUCAUGGCUGCGAACAUCUUUGUGUUAAUAAUGCUGAUUCAUAUACUUGUCAAUGCCACGAUGGAUUUGUACUAAGGCAAGAUGGGAAAACAUGCCGAA